AAUCAGUUAUCAGUUAAUGGGUUCUAAAACUUGACAUUUUGUUUACAUGACGAGUGAAAUAAACUUUUUAUUUGAUAUGAUUUUUGUUGAAAAUGUUGUCCAGAAAUGUGUUUCAAUGCAAACCAUUGGUCAAUAGGUUCACCGAUUGGACACUAAUUCACCGACAUUUAGCCAUCUGGUCGUCAAACAGCGGCGGCGGACAUGUCCUCAACGGUGUCGCCGGUCAGCGGCACGUCUUCGUUGGUCACACGAGAUCUGUGGCCAACUUUUACUCCACGUUUAAGACGAGACACAAAACGAGUGAUGAUUAUAACGAUUCCCGACAAUCAGAUGAUAAUCGCGAGUUUGCGAAGAGAUUUGCCCUCAAAUGGGGACCCGUUUUGGCCGCAAUCGUCGGCACAACUGUGGCCACAGUCGCCGCCAAAGAGGAGGUCAACGUCGAAGAGUUUGAGGAGUUUGGCCGUGAGAUCGACGGUCUGAAGAGCUAUACGGCCGAAGAAGUGGCCAAACAUAACGAUAUGUCGCGAAGGGUUUGGGUAUCGUUUCGGAGCGGUGUUUACGAUAUCACCGAUUUUGUGGCACAACAUCCCGGCGGCGAUAAGAUCCUCAUGGCUUCCGGUGGAGCUCUUGAGCCCUUUUGGACACUGUUUGCCGUCCAUAAGACACGGGAAGUGUUCACUAUUAUGGAGAAGUAUAGGAUCGGGAAUUUGGACUCAAAAGACAGGAAUGCGAUUAAAGCGGGAACCGAUUCGACGCCCGACCCGUACGCCAACGAUCCGAUCAGACAUCCCAUUCUGAAGGCCCGCUCCCAGAAGCCGUUCAACGCGGAACCGCCCGAAGAAUUACUCGUUCAGAAGUUUAUAACUCCGAAGGAAUUGUUUUUCGUUAGAAAUCACUUACCGGUGCCUGAAAUCGAUAUCGAAAACUAUACGCUAGAGAUCGAGGGCUUUGGCCUCAAAGCGCCCAAAACACUCACUUUAGACGAGAUUAAGACCAAAUUCCCGAAACACACAGUCGUGUCGACCAUUCAAUGCGGCGGCAAUAGAAGGGCCGAAAUGAACAAAAUUAAAGAAGUGAAAGGCCUGUCGUGGGGAUCGGCGGCCAUCAGUAACGCCAAAUGGAGUGGCGCUCGACUCGUCGAUGUCCUCAAAUACUGUGAUCUAGAUUUUGACGACAAGAAUAUAAAACACGUUCAGUUCGAUGGACUGGACUUUGAUGUCUCGUCCAAUCCGUACGGCGCCAGCGUUGAGGCCUUAAAAGCGCUGAAUCCAAACGCAGACUUUUUGAUCGCGUAUGAGAUGAACGACGAGGACAUACCGGCAGAUCACGGCUAUCCGUUGCGUCUGAUAGCGCCGGGAGUGGUCGGCGCCCGUAAUGUGAAAUGGUUGGCACGCAUUGUGCUCAGCGAUGAAGAGAGUCACAGUCAUUGGCAGCGCAAUGAUUACAAGAGUUUUUCGCCAAACAUCGACUGGCAUAACGUGGACUUCAAUAGCGCGCCCGCCAUUCAAGAGCUGCCGAUUCAGUCGGCUAUAUGUGAGCCAAGAGAGGGACAGACAGUGGCAUUGGAUGCCAAUCGGACGAUACAAUUGAGUGGUUACGCGUGGAGUGGCGGCGGAAGGAAAGUGAUUAGAGUGGACGUGACGGCUGAUGAGGGCGUCAAUUGGGUUACCGCCGAACUGGAACAGGAGGACAGUCCUCUCAAUAGGACAUAUUCGUGGACUCUAUGGAAGGCUAACAUCCCGGCGCCCAAAGAGUGGAAAUCUGGUCAUAAAGUGGAACUGAUAUGUCGGGCCGCAGACUCUCAUUACAAUUUACAGCCCGAGAAUGUGCGACACCUGUGGAACUUGAGGGGAGUCGUCAACAAUUCGUGGCAUAGGGUUAACGUUACCAUCAAAUGAAUGGACACUCGCUAUCAGAUCCUAAUAAUCGGGA